AUGUUUUUAGCAAAUAUUCGAAGGAAAGGAGGCUUUGUGAUAAAGAAAGCUUCGGUUAUACGCUUGUUUGUGACAGAACAGAAAUCGCUGCAUCAACAACAUGUCAACACCAUCGCUUCGGCAAAUUCACACACAGCUACGCCCGAACAACCCGACCCCAAUUUAGAUUGGCAAAGAGCACGUCCAUUCAGCGAGCUACCUCGCGUUGGUGCGCUUAGAUUGAUACGUAAAUUUUUACCAGGUGGAGCUUAUGCCAAACUAGAUUUCCAGGACUUGGUAACGACUAUGCGUACCGAUUAUGGACCUAUUUUCAUGUUGCCCGCCAUGAUGGGUCGACCCAAUAUCGUAGUGACGCACAAUCCUGACGAUUUUCGAAAUAUCUUUCGCAAUGAAGGUGUUUGGCCCAUUAGACCAUUUUCGGAAACUAUACGUUAUCAUCGGAAUAAAUGGCGUGCAGAUUUCUUUGCAGGCGUGGAGGGCGCAAUCGCAACGCAAGGUGAACAAUGGAACGCCUUUCGUAAAGCCGUUAACCCCUUGCUUAUGCAGCCGAAGAAUAUUGAGAUGUAUGGCAACAAAUUAGCGCAAGUCAAUCAAGAAUUCGUAGAGCGAAUACGUGUAAUACGCAAUGCGGAAACCUUAGAAAUGCCCGCUGAUUUUGAGGAAUGCAUACAGCGUUGGACCCUGGAAUCGGUAGCUGUUGUGGCACUUGACAAGCAGCUCGGUCUACUGCGUGAAGACAGUGAAUAUUAUGCUGACGCUUUGAAACUUAUAGUGGCCUUGAAUGAUUUCAUGGCACUUUCCGUAGACUUGGACUAUAAACCAACACUGUGGCGUUUUAUAGCCACACCGAAAUUCAAACGUCUUAUGAAAGCAAUGGACAAUAUACAAAGUGUAACAUGGAAAUAUAUAAAUGAAACAGUUAGAAAGCUUGAAAAGGAAAGCCAACAAGGCAUCGAACGACCCGAACAUGAGCAAAGUAUACUGGAAAGAUUACUGAAGACAGAUAAGAAAAUAGCCACUGUAAUGGCUAUGGAUAUGCUGAUGGCGGGUGUUGAUACGACCUCCAGUUUAGCCGUUGGCGCCCUACUAUGUUUGGCUAAAAAUCCGGAAAAGCAAGAGAUUUUACGCGCUGAGGUGAUGCGUGUGUUGCCACAAAAAGACGGCGCUUUUAUAGAGGACCCACUGAAACAUGCGCCGUAUCUGCGCGCUUGCCUCAAGGAAUCUUUACGUGUUUACCCUGUGGCGAUGGGAAAUAUGCGUGUACCACAAAAUGAUCUCGUACUGAGUGGAUAUCAGGUGCCUAAAGACACGUAUGUCAGCAUGAUUUUCGCGCCAAUACAAUCGGAUGCGCGUUAUUACUCACGGCCUUUGGAAUUUCUACCGGAACGUUGGCUACGUGCAAACACUGAAGUCGACGAGCCACAGCAGGUUACGGAGGAAUGUACACAAUCGAUAAAGGCGAGUAGUCCUUUCGUGUAUUUACCAUUCGGUUUUGGUCCAAGAGUGUGCCUUGGUCGCAGAAUAAGUGAAUUGGAGGUGGGCUUGGGUAUAGCGAGAUUGGUUAGGAACUUCAAAAUAGAAUUUAAUUACCCCACCGAUAAGGCAUUUAAAGGUAUGUUAAUUAAUAUGCCAAACAUACCGUUAAAAUUUAAAUUCACUGAUAUUGAGUAA